AAUCUGCCGGCGGCGCCACCUCCCCCCUCCCUCCGCCGGACUCAUCCCCCGCUCCGGCGCGCGCGGACUGAGGUCCGCCAAGGCCAGGCAGGGGCCGCGCGGCGCGGCGCUCGCCGCCGCUCGCCGCCCGCUCAGUGCCAUGUCUGCCGCCCGCCGCCGCUGUGUCCGCGCCCCGCUGCUCCGGCUCGCGCCGCCGCCGUCGCCGCAGCCGCCGGGCUGCUCUUCUGCCUGCGCGGGGCGCCGCAGUCGCCGCCGCCGCCGCAGACGCCGCUGCUGACUCUCCCAGCGCCAGCGGCCCGUGCAGCCCACCACCUCGACGACGCCGCUGCCCGACAACGUCCAGCAGAGCUCGUGGGCCCCGUGCGAGGCCCGUGCGUUUGCGUCAUGUACUACCUCUGCAAUCUGGCCACCAACAGCGUCUACAUCUACGGGGAGGACGUGCUGGACGAGAGGUUCGGUGGCGACGAUAAAGUGCCCAGCUGCCCGACAAUCCUGGAGCACUGCUGCCGCAUCCCGCCCAAGGAGGAGACGGCGGACGGCGGGGUGGCGGUGCGGCCGCCGCUGCCGCCCGCGGGCCCCGUGGUCGGGGCGCCCGACCCGCAGCCCCAGCCGCAGCCGCCCGUGGGCCCGCCCGCGCCGACGCCGAGCCAGCCGCCGCACGUGAACGUGAACCCGCCGCGCGAAGGGGACGUGUCGACGCGCUGGGAGUGCGGCGUGCGGCGCACCGACUUCGCCCUGCUGGACACAUGGGCGCGCGUGGACGACAAGGAGAGCGACGAGGUGUCGUUCGCCGAGUUCCCCUGGACGCUCGUCGUCAUCCAGAACGCGGACGAGAAGUGGCUGGGCGGCGCGUCGCUCGUCAGCCCGCGCAUCGCCCUCACCGCCGCGCACAGCGUCCACGGUAGCUGCGGGUGCGCGCGGGCAGUGGGACCCGCCAGCACGGAGGAGCGCUGCCGCACCAGGAGCGCCAGGGCGCAGUGUGGUGGUGCACCCGCGCUUCCACCGCGGCGCGCGCUGCUGCACGACGCGGCGCUGCUGUGCUGGAGGGUGCCGUUCCGACGCCGCGCCUGCACCGUGGCGCCCGUCUCCUGCCGCCCUAGCGGCGCCUCCGUUCGACGGCCGCCGCGUGCAUCGCCACCGGCUUGGGCACCGACGCGCCCCGGCAAGAACGGGGCGCUGCGCCAGCUGUUGCGCCGAGUGGAGCUGCCGGUGGUGCCGCGGGACGAGUGCCAGGAGCGGCUGCGCACCACCCGUCUCGGCGUCUUCUACCACCUGCACGACAGCUUCAUGUGCGCGGGCGCGGAGAACGGCAAGGACACCUGCAAGAUUUUGAAGAAAUUCGAAAAUUGUGUUAGUAAGCAUAAAAAUCUGAAAUUUGCAAGUGAUAUAGUUUGUAUUAUUACUUACAGAUUGAAUGACUUUAGAUUAACUGUUGUUAUGUUUUGG